AUGACGGUGACCCACAAACCGCACGUUAUGCAGCUGCACAAUGAUUCGGUGGAAAAUUUAGCACUUUUGGACACGCUUGAGCCGCAUCAACAUUUGGCAGUGAUUGACAGGGCCUGUCCGAACAGUGAACGGUUUCUGGUGGAAGCACGAUAUCGGAUCUAUCACAAAAUUCGAUGGGUUCUUCUUGAUAGCACUGAGGACUCGGCUGGCGCGGAGCAGAAGGAAACCGAUAUGCUACGUUUUGUGAAUGCUCUUGAAGUGACCGGUAGCUGCAAUUUGUUCUACUUCACUAUGUCGAAGGAAGGGGAGCUGGUGGCGAAAGAUGUUUACAGAAUUUCGAUUGACACCGAGCUCAUCACUAGUGUUGUGGCUAUUUGGAGAAACGGUGCUUUUGAAGACCAACAAAUAGGAAAAUCUGUUGCCGCGAGACGACGAAAUCUACAGCUCACGCCUAUUAGGACAACAGUGAUCUACACUACGAAUUAUACACUUAGUCAUUUCGAUGAUUAUGAGAGCCCGCAAAUUGACACAAUUGCUCGCAAUUCCUACCAUAUAGCGAGAGUUUUAUACGAUUUCUAUCUCAAUGCUACCAUGAAGAGAAAGUACGCCACCAGUUGGUGUUAUCCCAACAUUGAAGGAAUGUGCAGCGACAUAAUUGGCAACCGAACAGAUUUUGGCGCUGCGUUGCUGUUCAUGAUACAGCCGCGAUUGAAAGCACUUUCCUAUACCAAGGUGCCAAUUCGUACCCUGAUUCGAAUCAUCUAUAAAACUCCCAAUUUGUCCACGACGGAUAACAUUUUUGAGCUGCCGUUCGAUGCAAACGUGUGGAGUUGCACUGCUGGGUUAUCUGUUUUAGCGGGUGGCCUUACCCUGGCCGCGUAUCUUUUCAACAGAAAAACGGACGCCGCAAAGACACAGCCUUCAGAUGCAGCAUUCAAUAUAAUCCCAGUCGCAUGUCAACAAGGUUCAACCAUCGAAGCCCACGGAAUCAGUCGGAAGGCUUUCAUUCUGGUGAGCUUAAUUGGAUUGAUGUUCUUGGAAGUAAGCUAUUCAGCGAAAAUAAUUUCGCUGAUUCAAGCACCCUCGGAAAGGAUCAGCACCUUGAAGGAUCUCCUGGAGUCAAAACUAGAGCUAGCUACCGCCGAUACGCCUUAUAAUCGUCAUUAUCUCUCUACGGAUACAGAGCCGGUCCGACGAGCUCUGUAUGAGAAGAAAUUGUUACUGAAAAACGGUUCAAUGAAUAUUUACAGUGUGAAAGAUGGUAUUGCAAAAAUACGAGAGGGUCUUUUUGCAUACCACGUGUACACCUCCACUGCUUACCAGAGGGUGAGUGAGACUUACGAUGAAGUUGAAAAGUGCUACUUGAGGGAAUUAGUAUUUUUCGCAAACAGCAAAGGCUACCUGCCGAUGAAGAUGAACUACACUUUCCGAGAGCACAUAAACGUGGGCAUGAUGAGGAUACUGGAAACGGGAGUAUUCAUUCGCGAACACAACAGAAUGCACUUUAGCAAACCAAGCUGCGACAGGGCUGCGUCAUUCAGACCGUUGACUGUGGUAGACAUUAGGUUUUCUAUUGAACUGAUGGGCUGGGGGCUAGGAAUUGCUUUCUUAUUAUUAUUGGGAGAAACCCUUUGGCGAAAAUACAGGAUUUCACGUAUUCCUAUAUUCCCGUACGUAGAAUAGUAGACCAAUUCAUAAAAUAUAUGUAAGACAUGAUAAUCGACUAGGACAUAGUUUCCCAAAGUGGUGAGUCGCGACCCCCAGCCUGUGUAAAUCUUAUGGAAGGGGGUCGCGACCCCACAACUUUGGGAAGCAAUGGACUAGGAUAUUUUUUUAACCCAAAUAUAUCCGGUUCUACAGCUUGUUUGUGGGCUUUCACAAAGUUGUCCAUUUAUAGCCGGUUCUUUUUUAAAUACUGUUUUAAUAUUUUUUUGAGUUCCUACAAAGUAACGCUCCCAAUGAAGUUCCCCGUAUGAAUUUUAUACGACUCUCGCUACUUUCUGCUUAGCUUCCUCGUCAUCUUUCAGCGACUGAAUUCCCUAUCUUUACUGCAUGUGAAUUAAUUAAUUUAUUUCCAGAAAUAGUCAGAAAGACGUUUUAUAUGUAAGCAGGGCUUAAGGUUUUGAAAAAUCGAUUGAAUAUAUGUUUUAAGUGUUGUGAUGUUUUCAUUUUCCGAAUUAACCAAUUUAGUAUCUCCCUUGCCCUCCUCCUCUUA